AUGGCGGCCCCAGAAAUGGUGGAGCUGGAGCCGGAGCCCAACAUCAGAGGCCCUGAGGUUGUCACCAUGGGGGAGAAUGACCCUCCGGCCACCGAAGCCCCCUUCUCUUUCCGAUCGCUCUUCGGCUUGGAUGAUUUGAAAAUAAGUCCUGUGGUGCCAGAUGCAGAUGCGGUGGCCGCACAGAUCCUGUCCCUGCUGCCCUUGAAGUUUUUUCCGAUCAUUGUCAUUGGGAUCAUCGCCUUGAUCCUGGCACUGGCCAUCGGCCUGGGCAUCCACUUCGACUGCUCUGGGAAGUACAGGUGUCAUUCAUCUUUCAAGUGCAUCGAACUGACCGCUCGUUGUGAUGGGGUCCCUGACUGCAAGGAUGGGGAGGAUGAGUACCGAUGUGUGCGGGUGAGCGGCCAGAGAGCAGCACUCCAGGUGUUCGCGGCUGCUGCGUGGAGGACCAUGUGCUCUGAUGACUGGAAAAGCCACUACACCAAGAUUGCCUGUGCCCAGCUGGGGUUUCCCAGCUACGUAAGCUCGGACCACGUCAGAGUGGACGCGAUCGAGGAGCCGUUCCAGGGUCACCUUGUGUCCAUCAACCACCUCCUGCCAGACGACAAGGUGACCACGCUCCACCACUCUGUGUACGUGAGGGAGGAAGGCUGCGCCUCGGGCCGUGUGGUCACCUUGAAGUGCUCAGCCUGUGGCAAGCGGAGCGGCCCCAGCCCCCGCAUCGUGGGUGGAAACGCGUCCUCGCUCGCCCAGUGGCCAUGGCAGGUGAGCCUCCAGUUCCAGGGCCACCACCUGUGCGGGGGCUCCGUCAUCACGCCCGCGUGGAUCGUCACGGCCGCGCACUGCGUCUACGACCUGUACCAGCCCAGGGCCUGGACGGUCCAGGCGGGCCUGGUGUCCCUGACCGACAGCCCCGCGCCCUCCCACCUGGUGGAGAGGAUCGUGUACCACGGCAAGUACAAGCCGAAGCGGCUGGGCAACGACAUCGCCCUCAUGAAGCUGGCCGAGCCGCUGGCCUUCGACGAGACCAUCCAGCCCAUCUGCCUGCCCAACUCAGAAGAGACCUUUCCUGAUGGGAAACUGUGCUGGACCUCAGGAUGGGGUGCCACAGAGGACGGAGGCGACGCCUCCCCUGUCCUGAACCAUGCGGCCGUCCCUUUGAUUUCAAACAAGAUCUGCAACCACAGAGACGUAUACGGCGGUAUCAUCUCCCCGUCCAUGCUCUGCGCAGGCUAUCUGAAAGGUGGUGUGGACAGCUGCCAGGGAGACAGCGGGGGGCCCCUGGUGUGCCAGGAGAUGAGGCUGUGGAAGUUAGUGGGCGCGACAAGCUUCGGAAUCGGCUGUGCUGAGGUGAACAAGCCCGGAGUCUACACGCGCAUCACCUCCUUCCUGGACUGGAUCCACGAGCAGCUGGAGAGAGACCUGAAGACUUGAAGAGCAGGGAACAAGCCAGCACCUGAGCUCCUGAAAGUAGACACAGCUGGAGCCUUCCCUGGACUCCUGCGUGGACAUCGUGGGAAUGAGGUCCAGCCAGCAGGACGAGCAGCCUCCUUACCCAGACACCUGGCGCUCCUGCUGCUAAGGCCCCUGGUCCCUGGAGGCUGAAAUGGCCUUGGUGCUCUUCCUGUGCUUUACAAGGACAAAAGCACCCCAACUCAUGCACACGAGCAGUACCUCUCCCCGCCGUCCCCCUACGUUUCCUCCUCCUCAGAGCUGCUGCCAGCGCAGGCAUGCCCUCAUGCAAAACUGUCCACAACCGUUGGUGCAGACCUGAGGCUAGGAACGGCUGCUGUGGAUGGUUGAAGAUGCAGUCACUCACCCGUUCCAGCCCGGGGCGCCAGCUCUCAACCCAAACGUCUCCUUCCCAAGCGCCCGUUUCGGGAGUGAACGUGUGAACGCGUGCAUGAUUCAGCCUAAGGUUUUGUUCCGCUGUUGCCUCACUCACAGCAUCUGGUGCUCGAUGAAUUCCCUGUUUCUGGAGGGGGCCCCUUCUCUUAGCUUGGCUUGCGGUGAGGCUCAUGAAGACCAAAGUCAUGGGCUCACCUUGAAAGCCCACCCUCCCCGUGUCAGGAGUUCGCAUUUUCCUGUCAGAACAGGUUUCACAGAAGUAUCCUAUGUUGCACCCUGAGAUCCAUGAGCAGAGUAAGGGACACAGGCCGGGGCGAAGACAAGACUGGAGGACACUGAAAGCAAGUUGCAUAGAGGAGGCCUAAGUCAUUGGGUCUCUCCCACCCCUUCACGCACGCCGAUAACGUACCAGGGACAAUGGCGUCUGGGCCCCUCCUGCAUGGCUCACGCUCCUGUGGUUCCCAGAUUACCCAGGAGCAGAGGAGGGUUACAUGAGGAUGUAGUCAUCGGCCAUUCAAACUUGUCACGGAUCAAGUCAUCAGAACACGAGUCAGUCGCUUUGUGGCUGCAACAGAAGAGGUGUGUGUGUGCGUGUGUGUGCGUGUGUCUGUGUGUAUGCAGGAGUGUGCGUGUAACAUACCACCGAGACAAACUGUCACAAAGCCACUGUGCUUAGACUCAGCCCCAUCCAGAUCAGAGCCAUAACUCGGGUUUCUGUGACUAGGAUAAAUGUCCCAAGACUCAUGGUGGGUGCCUGAAACCACUCUGCCUUACACAGAUGGUUUUUUUCCCC